AUGUUCGGUGAACGAGCGACCACGAAAUUUACGAAAAGGCAAAUUUCAACACCUUUCGCCACUAAACCUUCAACUAAGCAAGUGAGGAAUUUGGUGAAAUUUGUUAAAAAAUCUUUCAACAGUUGGGAGAAGAGUAAAACGGUAAAGAAUGACAAAUCGAUUUUCUACACUUGUUGUACGGAGGAAGAGCAUCAGAAUUGGCUCAAUGAAGAGAUCGAUAAAAGACGCAUCCUACCGUGCUGA